UCCCGCCUCUGUGGACCCCGAUGUCGCCUUCCAGCAGUAGGGACCUUAGUCGCCAGGACUCUCUUUCGGAAGCGGGUGGGCGUGGCGAGGGCGUAAGAAACAAACCAGCAGGAAGCCUCUCGGGAUCCUAAAGCGGACUCCGGGAAGUAGAUGCUUCCGGAGCUUUCUCAGGACUGAGUCCCUCCCUGUACCCCCCACCCCCACCUCCCUUCGGCACCUUUGGUCUACGAAGGGAUCGGUUAAUAAACGCGCUGAGGAGGGCAGAUGGCUCUGAGGGUGGUGAGCAGAAUGGCUGAAGGUCCAGCUGGGAUUCAUGAUGCAGAGGUCCUUGGUGAAUCUGAGGUUGCUUUCCUGGAAGAUGCCGCCCCCCCCCACACACACACACACACAUCCGUUCACCCCAGCAAAACAAAGCAAUGCCAGGAUCCCAGAAUCACGAGACUCAGUGCUCCAACCCGCCUUUCAACAGUCCUUUGACCGGAUGACCCAGUCUCCCUGACAGGCUACCUAAUUGCCUCCCAGCCGGGAAAUGGCCUGUGAGGAGUUGGGGCUGCAUCCUGACGGGUGGAAAGGAGAUACAACCGCCGUAGGGCGUUCACCUGGUGUCCCCUUUAGUCGGGAAUUGACUAGAGUCGGGGUUCCACUCUGAAGGGAGUUUGCAAACACCCCCUCACCCCAUCCUUUCCCUGCAGUAGUCUUCCAUUAGGUGCCAAGGUUCAAUUAUGUCUAUGUGGAAAUUACUGCUUAGUCAUUUCUCUGAAGGAAAGUGUAUCAAAUACAAGUGAAAGUCACCAUUCAUCGAGCUUAACCUGCAGACAGCCUGACUUACUUGGUUACAUGUCCAGUGAACUGUGAGCUAAGAGACAUCUUUAAAGACUGGAUUUAUAUUAAAACAACGCUGUAGAAACCAACGUUUCCUCCAAAAAAAAAAAAACGUACCUUUCCCCCAACAAUUUAUGAUGAGGAUUUUCAAAUAUACAGCCAAGUUGAAAGAAUUAUACAGGAAACACCCACAUACCCAACACUUAGAUUCUACUAUUGACGUUUUACUGUAUUUGCUUUAUCGCAUACCUACCCGCCUAUUAUGACCUGACUUCUAACCUUAAGUAAUUAAUGAUUAUUUGGCUUCCCUGGAGCGGUAUUUCCACCGUAGUUCAGGGAGUUGGCAGCGUGGCGGAUGGAGGUGUGGUGAGUAUCUGGAGCUUUGGGUGAACACCCAGGAUGCGCAGAGCACUGUUAGGUACUGAGAAAAUGAAGAGGCUGAAGACUCAGACUGACCAGAAGGGACUUGACUUUUGGUUUUGUUUGGAAGAGAUGGAAGAUAAGUGGCAGUUUGUGGAAGCAAAUACCAAGUAAGAAAAUGACACUCACUGAGUGCUUGCUGGACACUGAGCACUGUUUAGUAUAAGCUGUAUUAUCUCACUUAAUGCUCACAAUAGCGACGUAAGUAGGUCACGAUUUCUUUCUGCCUUUUACAGAAGGCACAGAGAGUAGUCGCCUUUUGGUGGUGCUAGAAAGAGGUGGAGCCAGGACCGGAAUUCCAACAGUCUGGGUCCAGGGUGGCUCUGGGUGCUCUUAGUCACAGCAGAGAUGCCACAGGGGGAUAGUGGACCCUCCGGCCUGAGCAGGGAGGAGGGAAGGGCGAUCUGAGGAUUGCCACAGCUCCUCUAGACGCCCCGGCUCAGGCACCCGGCCUCAAGGCUUCAUUUCCAAAUGGCUCCAGAAGGCUGGCGUCCCGUGUGUUCGACUGGGCGCUGGCGCCCUGAGUGGCGAGAUGGGGGUUCUUCGGCCAUUACCCUGGGGUUCGCUCUGCUAGUCAGGCUCCCUCCUGUCGCCUCACUCCACUUCCUGUCUGAGGUUUCCCAAAGCUUGGCUCCUGUUCCCUAUUCUGUCACUUCCUUUCCAACCCGCACUCUUUCUCCCUGGUGUUUUUAAGACAUGUUGUUCCAAAGUUGCCCACUUGCCCGUGGCAGGUGCUCCUGCUUUCCAACGCAUUGCAUCUCGUGUUGCCAGUCCAGCCGCCGGACUUUCUGAAGUGCCCACGUGCCUCUGGCUACGCAGGGGCGGCCUGGCCCCAGCCUCCCGGUGUCCAGGGUGUCCAGACCGCGUCUCCAAAGCAGAGCCCUUGUGUCCUCACCUUUAGGCUCCUCCCUCCAUCCUGGCCCUUGGGCGGUGCUCGGUCUGGGAAGUGGGAGCCGCCCUGUCAGGCAGAGCUGCUCGCUGCCGUUCCCCCUGCUGCCCUCGGCCAGCUGCUCGGUUUGGCUGUCGUGGGUCCAGCCAUGUGGCCUCGUCAUGGUGGGAUGCUCGACCCUACCAGAAGCCAGGGCUCAGGGGUUACGCGCCGGGGGGCAGCAGCCCCAGCAGCCCGGGAUGGGGAGCGUCAGUGUAGGGUGCAGCGACCGCCUUGGCCGCCGCACCAAGCAGGGAGGAAGAGGAGAGAGAUGGGAGUAGGAACAGGGAAUGGCGGGAGGAAAAGGACGCAGAAGAGAAGCAGGUGCUCGCACUAGGGGGUGAGGACAGGACCCCCCCGCCCUUGCCGCCGGCUCCCACGGGACCACGCAGGGCUGUGGCGGGGCUGCCAGGCCCGUGUGGACGCCCCUGUCAAACCCGUGUAGGAGGGUCCCAUGGGACCGGCAUGAGGGAGGGGCCCUGCCCACCGUGGGGCAGAGGCCUCCCGUGGAGGCAGCAGGAUGUGUGUAUGUUUGAGAUUCGACUAAAUAUGUGACUUUUCAUUUAUUCUUUUGACGUGAAAUAUGACCAAAUAAUAACAGUCAUUAAACUGGGGGAGGGAAGUACUUGGAUGUUACAUUUUUUUCUCCUCUGUACUUUUUUAUAUGUUUAAAAGAAACCCCCAUAAUCAGAGGGACAGGAAGGCAAAGAACAAAAACGGGCCCUAGAGUGGAAACGGGGCCCUGCCUCCGAUUUGCGGGCUGCCACCGCCAUGCCCAGCUCCGCGCUGUGGGCGGUGGAUCUCUUCGGGAGGGUGCACAUGCUCUCCACAGCGGGGCAGUCCUGGGAGCUCUGCAGGGACACCCAGCUGGAGUUCAAGAGGGUCAGCGCGGCCACACAGUGCUGCUGGGGCCUCGCCUGCGACAACCAGGUCUACGUGUACGUGCGUGCCAGCGACGUCCCCAUCCGCUGGCAGGAGGAGGCCUAUGAGAAUCAGCGCUGGAACCCCGUGGGCGGCUUCUGCGAGAAGCUCCUGCCAAGUGACCGCUGGCCGUGGAGCGACGUGAGCGGGCUCCAGCCCCGGCCGCUGGACGGGGUGGCGCUGCCCUCCCCGCACUGGGAGUGGGAAUCCGACUGGCACGUGGACGAGAACUUCGGAGGGGAGCCCACCGAGAAGGGGGGGUGGACAUACGCCAUCGACUUCCCGGCCACCUACACGAGAGACAAAAAGUGGAAUUCCUGCGUGCGGCGGCGGCGGUGGCUCCGGUACAGGAGAUACAAGUCCCGGGACACCUGGGCCCAGAUCCCUCAGAAGGAUGACCCCAAGCAACUGCCUGACCCCUUCAACGACCUCUCUGUGGGGGGAUGGGAAAUAACCGAUGAGCCCGUGGGCCACCUGUCCUUGUGGGCUGUGUCUCUGCAGGGAAAGGUAAGGCCUGUGCCCCCCUGUACUUUGCACAGGAGGUGGCUGUGGGGGGCUGGCCACAGGCAGGCGCAGGGCAGAGCAGUCGGCCCUGCGAUGUUCUCCCAGGGGUGGGGGAAAGCGGAGGGCUGGCCCCGGGACCUCUGUCUCGCCCCCGUCCCCGCAGCUGGGGUUAGCCUGAGCUGGCGGCAGACUUACAUUCUGAACUGCCAGCCGUGGGGCGCCCAGCCUCUGCCACACUCGCUGACAGGGGCCGCUCGUGCUUUUUUCUGGGGCCGCGUAGGAAGUUCCUGGUCCGUGGUGGAGCCUCCCACGUCAGAAAAUGGGAUCAUGCACGUGUCCGUGGGAGUGGCCGUGGUCUGGGCCGUCACCAAGGACCGGAAAGUGUGGUUCCGCAGAGGCGUCAACUCUCACAAUCCCUGUGGCACCAGCUGGAUGGAGAUGGUGGGAGAAAUGAUGAUGGUGAACGUGGGGCUGAACGACCAGGUCUGGGGCAUCGGCUAUGAGGACCGGGCCGUGUACUUCCGUCAGGGUGUCACCCCCAGCGAGCUCAGUGGGAAGACAUGGAAGGCCAUCGUUGCCAGCCGAGAGUGUGACCGGUCCCACUCCGGGAGCAACUCAAGUCUCCUCAGUGCUGGCUGCUUCUUUGGCGACGAGGUGAAGGGCAGUGGUGAGUCCUGUGCACUGAGCGACACGGAUGCCUCAUCGGAAGCCGAGAGACUGGGGCCUGACCAGCCUGUUCCUGCGGAGCCUCUGGACAGUCCCAGGAGCCCCGAGUGCAGCUCGGCCUCGGGCCCAGGCACCAGCAAGACCUCAGAGCGUGCCACAGAGGGCGCCAGCCCGGCCGGUCAGACCUCUGGGCCCGAGCCUCAGCCAGGCCAGGCCUCCACCCCGGCCGAGCUGCCCUGGACCAACAUCGACCUGAAGGAGCCCAAGAAGGCACCCGGCCACUCCACUGCUGGCUUUCCUGAGAGCGCCAGCCUCUGCCCCCUGGGGCUGCUCCCGCUGGGCUUGGAGGAGCCCUGCAGCGCCAGCGACCACCUGCUGUGGGCCUGGGUGUCCGGAGGAGGCUGCGCGGUGGAGGCCCACACCGUGCUCAAGUGGUUCACUGUCCAGUCAGGCCUGUCCCCCUCGGUGCAGACACUUUCCUUGUCCAUCACGCCGGCCCAGACCGCCGCCUGGCGGAAGCAGAUCUUCCAGCAGCUCACGGAGAGGACCAAGCGGGAGCUGGAGAACUUUCAGCACUAUGAGCAAGCCGUGGAGCAGUCGGUGUGGGUGAAGACAGGGACCCUGCAGUGGUGGUGUGACUGGAAGCCCCACAAGUGGAUGGACGUCCGUGUGGCUCUGGAGCAGUUCACGGGGCACGACGGGGCUCGAGACGGCAUCCUCUUCAUCUACUACGUGGUCCACGAGGAGAAGAAGUACCUGCACGUGUUUCUCAAUGAGGUGACAGCGCUGGUCCCCGUGCUCAAUGAGGCCAAACACUCCUUCGCCCUGUACACCCCCGAGAGGACCCGGCAGAGGUGGCCAGUGCGUCUGGCUGCCACCACUGAGCAGGACAUGAAUGACUGGCUGGCCCUGCUCAACCUGUCUUGCUGCGAGAGCCGGAAGGUCCACGGCCGUCCCUCGGCGCAGGCCAUUUGGUCCACCACCUGCAAGGGGGACAUCUUUGUGAGCGAGCCCAGCCCGGACCUGGAGGCCUCCGAGCACCUGCUGCCCUGUGACCAGAUGUUCUGGCGGCAGAUGGGUGGCCACCUGCGGGUGGUGGAGGCCAGCGGCCAGGGCGUGGUGUGGGGCAUCGGCUACGACGGCACCGCCUGGGUGUACACAGGCGGCUACGGUGGAGGCUGCUUCCAAGGCCUGGCCAGCAGCACCAGCAACGUCCACGCGCAGUCAGACGUGAAGUCCAUCUGCAUCUAUGAGAACCAGCGCUGGAACCCCGUCACGGGCUACACCAGCAGGGGCCUGCCCACCGACCGCUACAUGUGGAGUGACGCCUCAGGGCUUCAGGAAUGCACAAAGGCCGGCACGAAGCCCCCGUCCCUGCAGUGGGCCUGGGUGUCUGACUGGUCCGUGGACUUCAGCGUUCCCGGGGGCACUGACCAGGAGGGGUGGCAGUACGCCAGUGACUUCCCUUCCUCAUACCACGGUUACAAAACCAUGAGGGAUUUUGUCAGGAGAAGGCGCUGGGCCAGAAAAUGCAAGCUGGUGACCAGUGGGCCCUGGCUGGAGGUGGCCCCCAUUGCCCUCGGAGACGUGUCUAUCAUCCCCAAGAUCCCUGGUGUCCGCGGCAGUGAGCAGCACAGCCUCGCACUCUGGGCUGUCAGUGACAAGGGGGAUGUGCUGUGCCGCCUGGGGGUGUCCGAGCUCAACCCCGCGGGCUCCUCCUGGCUGCACGUUGGCACUGACCAGCCAUUCGCCUCGGUCUCCGUUGGGGGCUGCCACCAGGUGUGGGCCGUGGCGAGGGACGGCUCCGCCUUCUACCGGGGCUCCGUGUCCCCCUCCCAGCCGGCUGGCGACUGCUGGUACCACAUCCCGUCUCCUCCCAAACAGAGGUUGAAGCAGGUGUCUGUGGGCCAGACGUCCGUAUACGCCGUGGACGAGAACGGGAACCUGUGGUACCGCCAGGGGGUCGUGCCCAGCUACCCGCAGGGCUCCGGCUGGGAGCACGUGUCCAACAACGUGCAACGUGUGUCCGUGGGGCCACUGGACCAGGUCUGGGUCAUCGCCAACAAAGUCCAGGGGAGCCACAGUCUGAGCAGGGGAACCGUGUGUCACCGAACAGGCGUGCGGCCCCUGGAGCCCAAGGGGCAGGGCUGGGACUACGGCAUUGGGGGGGGCUGGGAUCACAUCUGCAUUCGGGCCAAUGCCACCAGAGCCCCCAGGAGUGUGUCCCAGGAGACGGCUGGCGAGCAGGGCCUCCCCAACGGGCCCUCGCUGGUGGCCGGGGCCCCGCAGGAAGCCAUGGGCCCUGUCUGCUGCUGAGGCCUCCUCCCACCUGGAGCAGGCGUGGUGCCCAAUUUGAAGGAUCAAGGUCGAGUGUGAGCCUUCCCCUCCCAGUGGGCCAUUCUCUGCUGAAAUGCGGAGCCUGGGUAUAGCUCGGAACAGCCCAGCAAUGUGAAGCCCUGUGGACAUUUCUGCACGUGUCCCCAUCAGCGCGGAGGGCUUGGGGGAGGGGGACCCUCACCCCGCCUGUCCCACCCAUGUCUUCCCCUCUGCCUCCCGCCUUUCCAGGACAGGAACUUAGAGCCUGGAACCUUCCAGGAACGCUGCCCCCGGGGCAGUAGAGCCCACAGAGGAGCCUCCUGCAGCUCCGGGCACUGGGGACCGCACCCCAGAGAAACGGCUGGCUGUGGGCUCAGGGCCACUUUGCCCACUCCAGGAUCAUUUCUGGGAGCAGGAUUCACAAACGAGAUCAUUUCCAAAAGUUCGAGAAGGAGCUGGCCGGUUGGGGUUGAAUGCUGGGCAGGGUGUUGUCUUUGCCAGGUGGACACAGAUGCCCUGGGCGGCCAGGAACGGCCGGGAGAAGCUGCUAGAGGGCACGUCGCUGUCACCAGCCCUCAGCCAGCCCCUCCCAGACGUGGCUGGGGGGGAAGGAACGGAGGCCCUCUCAUUCUGACCGUGUUGCAGGGGGUCGGGGCAGGGGGUGGGGACGCGGAGCGGAAUCCCAGACCCCUGGGGCAGGCGGCCCCCUCAGCCCUGCUGCUUUUUAUCCGAUGAUGAAGCCCCAUUUGCUGAAGUCUCCAGUUUGCUUCCUACAAGCAGACACUUUGCCCGGGACUUGUCCCAGGCGUCCCCAGCAGGAGGGGUCAGUACCUGCUCUGGGGUCCCCUCCUUCGGGGCGCUCGAGGGAGCCAGUGAUCCCUGCGCUUCUGGGUGGGAUCUGGAGGCAGGAGUCCGGGCUCGGCCCAGACGCGCGUGGGGGGCGGGUGGCCUCUGCUCACAUUCCCUGGCCAGGUUUUCUCCGAACGGGCAUUACGGGUUUGCUCGACCGCGGCGACCUGUCCUUUGGCUGUGACUGUCUGUAGCUGGUCUCCCUGCCCCUUCUCCAGGGAGGUCAUGCCCUCUCGCUACUGAGCACCAGCCGCGUCCCUGCUCAGCGUCACUGAACCAUCUCAAGCCCUCAGACGCUUUAUUCAAUAAAAACUUACGCCAGAGUGUCAACGA